AUGAAGCGGGAAUACACCGACGGCAGGGACUGCGGCGGUGGCGCCGGCGGAGAUAGGGCGCAGCAGCAGCAACAGGGUUUCUCCGGCAAGAACAAGUUGAUGAUGAUGAUGGCGGAGCAGCAGGACGCCGGCGUGGAUGAGGACCUUGCGGUGAUGGGCUACAAGGUGCUGUCCUCUGAUAUGGCGGAUGUGGCGCAGAAGCUGGAGCAGCUGGAGAUGGCUAUGGUCAGCGGCGCCGUCGUCGGCGGCGGGACCCCCGACGACAACUUCAUCCUCACACAUCUCUCCUCAGAGACCGUCCACUACAACCCCUCCGACCUCUCCACCUGGCUGGAGACCAUGCUUUCCGAGCUCAACGCGCCUCCUCCACCAGCUCCCACCGCGAAGGCCCCUUCUUCUUCCUCCUCUUCCUCCUCCUCCAUCGCUGCAGAUAACCCCCUCCGAGCGCCGCCGGCCGGGCCUUCUCUCUCCAACCCGCCGGCCCUCCUUCCAGACUUUCCGGUGCCGUCCAUCGCCACCAUCGAUUUCCCCGACUCCAGCCGGCCAUCGUCGGACUCCGACCUCCAGGCCAUCCCUGGCGGCCGCGUCAUGUACGGAAAUUCCGAUUGCGCAGAGACAGAGGUGAGGGACAGGAAGAGACUGAGGACCUCGCAUGCAGCGGCGGUGCCGCCGCCAUCGCCGGAAUCCCCAGUACAGGUGGUGCUCGUUGACUCGCAGGAGACGGGGAUCCGGCUGGUGUACACCCUGAUGGCCUGUGCGGAGGCGGUGCAGCAAGACAACCUCAAGGCUGCGGAGGCGCUGGUGAAGCAAAUCGGUGUGCUGACCAUGUCCCAGGGCGGUGCCAUGAGGAAGGUCGCCACCUACUUCGCGGAGGCCCUCGCCCGGAGAAUCUACAGAAUCCGCCCCGGCCAGGACCAGUCCCGCACCGACGCCGCCUUCGAGGACAUCCUGCAGAUGCACUUCUACGAGAGCUGCCCCUACCUCAAGUUCGCCCACUUCACCGCUAACCAGGCCAUCCUAGAGGCCUUCGCCGGCAAGAGCCGCGUCCAUGUGAUCGACUUCAGCAUGAAGCAGGGCCAGCAAUGGCCGGCGCUUAUGCAGGCCCUCGCCCUCCGCCCCGGAGGGCCUCCUUCCUUCCGCCUCACCGGCAUCGGCCCCCCGCAGCCCGACAACUCCGACGCCCUGCAACAGGUCGGCUGGAAGCUCGCCCAGCUAGCGGAGAGCAUGCACGUCGAGUUCGAGUACAGGGGCUUCGUCGCUGCCAGCCUUGCCGACCUGGAGCCAUACAUGCUCGAGCUCGCCUCCUCUUCUCGGUCGUCUUCUUCGUCCGGUGACCGCCGGCGGAAGGGCGACAGCGCUGCCGCCGCUGGCGAGGAGCAGGAAGAGGAAGUCCUGGCGAUCAACUCGGUGCUGGAGUUGCACAAGAUGCUGGCCAGGUCCGGUGCUGUCGAGAAGGUGCUCGGGACGGUGCGGGCCCUGCAACCCAAGAUCGUCACCGUCGUCGAGCAGGAGGCCAACCACAAUGGGCCGGUGUUCGUGGAGAGGUUCAACGAGGCGCUGCACUACUAUUCCACCAUGUUCGACUCCCUGGAGGGCUGCGCUGCGCCGCUGCCGUCCGCCGGCGAGCUAGGCGGCGCCGCCGACGCCGUUGAGGCCGGGCAGAUCCAGGUGAUGACGGAGGUUUACCUGGGGAAGCAGAUCUGCAAUGUCGUGGCCUGCGAAGGGCCGGAGAGGACGGAGCGGCACGAGACCAUCGGCCAAUGGAGGGGGAGAAUGGAGGCCGCCGGGUUUGAGCCGGUGCACAUCGGCUCCAAUGCCUUCAAGCAGGCCAGCAUGCUACUCGACGUCUUCGCCGGCGGCGAUGGUUACCGGGUCGAGGAGAAGGAUGGAUGUCUCAUGCUCGGCUGGCACACGCGGCCCCUCAUCACCACCUCCGCCUGGCGGCUUGCCGAUUCUACGCCCCGCUCCGCCGCCGCCCCACAGAACUGA